AUGCAAUAUAUAGUGUUCUUUGUCAGAGUCAUAGAAAAAAAAAUGACGUCUUUACCUCCAUCCGAAUGUUGUGCCAAGGUUGCAUACCAACAAGGAACACCUUCAGGUCAUAUCGAGAUUAUUUCAACGUUGAAGUGCUAUGUUUCUAGUAAUUACACCACCAAUUCCGAUAAAUAUUUGCUAAUUUUCACAGAUGUUUUUGGUAUUGAACUACUUAACAACAAAUUACUAGGGGAUCAUUUUGCUCAGCAGUUAGGCUACCCAGUUAUUAUUCCAGAUAUUCUUUUCGAUGAUCCAUUAUCUGAAGGAAGCACUGAUUUCCAAAGGUUUUUUGCAAACCACCCAGUUGAUAAGACAAAGAAAUGUGUUUUUAAUUUUUUGUCCUCUUUCAAAGACACCUUCCCCCAUGCAACGUUUAUUGCGGGAAUUGGAUACUGUUUUGGAGCCAAAUAUCUAUGUCAUCACUUGACCGAAUCCGGAAUUAUAGAUGUUGGUGCGUUUGCGCAUCCGUCGUAUAUCGAAGAAGAUGAAUUUAGCAUGAUCAAGAAGCCCUUACUUAUAUCAGCCGCAGAAAAUGACCCUGUUUUUACACGUGAGUCAAGAGUGAAAUCUGAAGAGAUUCUAAAGUGCCUGAACAUUCCAUACCAAAUUGAUUUGUUUGGUGGUGUUUAUCAUGGAUUUGCCGUAAGGGGUGAUCUUUCCAAGAAACAAGUCAAAUAUGCCUCUGAGAAGGCAUUCUCCGAUGCCGUUUACUGGUUCAAGUACCACGCAGAGAACUGA